UCGAACAAGGCACCCUUGGCAAGUACAUCGGUGCGCGAUCACGUCGGCGAACACCGCACACUGCGUGUGCGCGGUGAUCGGUGACGAUCGACCGAUCGCCGAGUGCGCGCCUCUUUCUCGCUACGUUCAAGUUGCUCGAAAAAAUUCACGAUCGGAUGCAAUUUUUCGUGUCUCCUUUUCCAUUUUCUCAUUUCAAUCAGCGUGACAAUUAUCAACGCUAUUCGGCGACGUUGAGGCGCGUCCUCGCGAGCCGGGUGCUGGCCCGGAGAAUCAUUCCGGGAAUCUUCCGAUUGAUCCUCGGUCGAUUCGCCGGCUCGCGUCGCAGUGAAGUUGUCAGCGAUUCUUCGAAUUCGGCAGUUUGGUAACGAACGUUACCUCGCGCGCGCGCGCGCGCGCGUGUGUGAAGGAAUAUCGAGAAAACGAGUACGCAAGGGAAAAGGUGAGUCGCGAAGCCGACUUUGAACGUUCGGCUCGAUUCGCGUUUGACGUGUCAUACGGUGAUGCCGCGACGAUGCUCGGGCCGUCAUCGUCGUCGUUCGCAACGACGGUCGCUAUCCCACGGUAUCGCAUGGCGCUACGGUGGCCCAUGGUGAAUUCGCGGCGCGACGAUUACGGUGGUGCGGCGGCAAGUGCAAGUGCAGGUGCGUCGUCGGUUCUUCGUCCUCCCGAUUCCCGGCGGGACACGUGAUCGUGUCCUCGAUUCUCGGUAAUCGUACUCGAAUCGAGUUACUCGAGAGCUUGAUGCUCGGUGCUUUCUCCUUCCUGGAAUCGGUGACACGAGAGCGCGAGCCGUUCCCAUCCACCCAUUGCGCGCAACAUCAACGCAGGAUCGCGCAUAUCGCGGGUACAUCGCGGAACCGCAGCGGGGGCCCGCAUCCUUCGCCGGUGAUCUCGUUGGACCACGCGACGCUCCCAUUGGCGUCGCGCUGCGGCAUAAGGAAAGCAACAGAAUGCUGUCCCCGGGACAAGACGCGCCGCCCAAUAAUUACUCGUCCGGAAAUGUUGUCCUCCAAGGUGCACCGUGCGGUCAGUGCCGAGAGUUGUGCCCCGCCGGAUACGUGCCACACUUUUGGCGGAAGGUGUGCAGGAGCUGCAGGUGCCCGCGAGAGGAGCACCAGCGGGCUUCUACGGAGGCAGGCGGUCCCUCGGGACUCGGCCUGGGUCCGGGCCCGCCGAUGGCGAUGGCCAUGGCGUUUCCGAGCGGCGCCGGCGGCGCGGCACACCAGGAGCCGUUCAAGAGCCCGGUGCAAGCCGCGCCGGCCGGCCUGGCGUUGCAGGAGGCUCUGAUGCAGCAUCACCAGAGACACUCGCAGAGCGACGACGAUAGCGGCUGUGCGCUCGAAGAGUACACGUGGGUGCCGCCUGGGCUGAGGCCCGAUCAGGUGCAUCUGUACUUCAGCGCGCUGCCGGAGGAGAAAAUCCCGUACGCGGGUAGCGCCGGCGAACGCGAGCGGGUGAAGCAGUUGCUGCAGCAGCUACCGCCCCACGACAACGAGGCGCGUUACUGCAGCGGCCUGACCGAGGAGGAGAAGCGCGAGUUGCGCGUGUUCGCGGCACAGCGGAAGCGCGAGGCCCUAGGACGCGGACACGCGAGCCAGCUGGAGCGUCCGCACGGGGCCGGAUGCCGCGAGUGCGGGCGCGCGAUCGCGGCCGGCGAGAUGGCCGUGGCGGCCAGUCGGGCCGGACCGGCCGCGCUCUGGCAUCCCGCCUGCUUCGUCUGCUGCGUGUGCCGACAGUUGUUGGUCGAUCUUAUCUACUUCUGGCGGGACGGCAGGCUUUACUGCGGCCGCCACCACGCCGAGACCCUCAAGCCUCGAUGCUGCGCCUGCGACGAGAUCAUCCUCGCCGACGAGUGCACCGAGGCGGAGGGCAGAGCGUGGCACAUGCGCCACUUUGCUUGCCUCGAGUGCGAUCGACAGCUCGGCGGUCAGCGAUACGUGAUGCGGGAAGGUCGACCGUACUGUCUCAGGUGCUUCGACGCCUCCUUCGCGGAAUACUGCGACAGCUGUGGCGAACCGAUCGGCGUCGACCAGGGCCAAAUGUCGCACGAGGGUCAGCACUGGCACGCGACCGAGGCCUGCUUCUGCUGCGCCACUUGCCGCGCCUCCCUCCUGGGUCGGCCGUUCCUGCCGCGACGUGGUGCCAUUUACUGCAGCAUAGCGUGCAGCAAGGGAGAACCGCCGACGACACCGAGCGACUCCUCCGCCGGGCCGCCGCCGCCCCCGCCGUCCUUCCUCAGGAGCGGUAGAAGGCAAACGGUGGCCACAAGCGAAGGUUCGUCGAGUCCACCGCCACCGCCUCCGCUUCCUCCAGGCUCGAGGCAUACUCUCGGAUCUCCUAGAAACUCGCCUCGGAUGACCAGAAGGCAUCAACAAGUUUCUGCUUCCUUGGCGACGACACCCACUCAAAACAUCUUGAGCCCCGAGUUUGUCGCGGAAGGAAUUCCCUCCAGUGGCUCCAGGCCCAGUGGCCUCGACAGGGUAUUACUGGAGCGAAACCUCGAGAGAUUGCUACAGGAACGAGGCUCUCAUCCUGACGAAAAUCGCAGCGAGUUGGGAAGGUUGAUGCAAGCGCGGGAUCGAGAACCCCUCAGAUGCAUCCAGAAUUGCUCACCUUCCCACGCGUCGAGCAUGCCGGAACUGCCGCCACCCCCGCGGCCGUCGUCGGGAGCGUCGGUUUCGGCGUCGACAUCGACCGCCGGUGCGGCGUCCGCCGUCGUACUGGCACAGGAGUCAGCAAUGUCUCCGGUCAGUCCUGAGAUCGGAGCCAACCAGACGGAUCCGCCGACGCCGACGUCGCGACGCGUACGAUUUCAGGGCGAUCUGGAUGUCAACGAUCAUGGCGCAACGUCGCGCAUUCCUCUCUCGCCGAUGAACGACCGAAACUCGUCGUCGUCACCCUCGCCACCGCCCAUGUCGUUAUCGAGAACGAAUGUGUCUCGAUCGAGAAGUCUGCAGCCCGACGAAGUCGCCAGCACGUCUACCUGGGGGACGGCUGGCACGUCUAAGUCGAGAAUAGACGGUGAGGAUGACGAUGUCGAGAGCUGCUGUUCGACGUGCAGCUCGUCCAGCAGUUCGGACGAGGCCGCGGCCUACGCGCUGCCACCUCGACGAGCUUAUGGGGGCGUCAGAAUCUCUUACGUGCCGAACGACGCAGUGGCGUGCGCGCGGAAACGCGCGCCCGCGUCCUCAUCGUCAUCGAAUCAAGCUCAGAGGGACACCGAAAAGUGCGUCGUGUCUUGAUGACUCCUUCUUCCAUGCUUCACGAAUUUCAACGUCGUGUCAUCCUCGUGAUCAUUUGGGGAAAAAACGAGAGGAACGACACCAGAAGAAGAGUUCCUAUAAAUUUUGGACGCGCGCUUUUCAAUAUCUUCCUGUGACAUGUCUCGCACGCACGCAAAGUACGUGCACGUGACUGCGCGAACUACGUGCGUGACAACGUGAAAACAAUACUCAUUUAAUUUAUGUAAAUAUUGCGAGCUCUCUUCCGGGACGAUUGCCGCGCGCCGCCACGUUCCAGCGGACGCCCGUCCCUCUAUUUUUAAUACCCCAUUAAUGUAUUUGAUAAUAAUAACGACGACACAAAAUAAUUCUGCUUGUUCCACUGUUGCCAACAUUACCCGCUACGAAACGAAAAUACGACAAAUGCGCAGUUAUAUUGGGCUCUGUAGCCCAUGUUCUUUCUCCGCAACCGACCAUUUGCAAAAUCCAAGCUGUUUAGCGUGAGUAUAUCUUCUGAUUAUACGCUAUUAUCCUCUCGAAGAUAUAUUCGAUGUUUCAUC